AUUUGAAACUACUUUCUUUUGAAAUAAUUCAGCGAGUGCGACAAGAAUGACAAAGCGGAAAGAAGAAGUAAGGCUUCCGCCCGUUGACAUGCCUGUUGCUGACAAGAGCGUGAUAUCAGACGAGAAGGAGACUGACCUACGGGAUACCAAUGUUAACCUUGGGAGGCGAUUCCAUGUCAUAUGGGGCGUCCUGGCGUUAUUUGUCUCGUCCAUGAUGAUCAUAUCGUCAACAUAUUCCCAGUAUUUGGUGGCACAUUUCAUAAAGGAGGUCCGUUUGGAGUGGAACAUCACCGAGAUAUCGUCGACCGGAACUAGAUGUGAGGCUAACACAAGCAGUCUAAGCUACACAGUGAUGAUAGAAUCUCAGUCCAGAGCGGCCACCAUUAAGAUGUAUCUGUCUAUGACCAGUGGCAUCCCCAGCAUCGUGGUCAUAUUCCUGCUUGGAGCCUUCUCGGACCGCGUUGGAAGAAAAGUUCUCUUCCUGUUACCAGUAUUUGGUUUCAUUGCCAUGACCGUAACAUAUGCAGUUGUUUCCUACUGGACGUUGCCCAUUCAGUUCGUAUACAUCGGUCAUUUCCUGGAAGGCAUUUCCGGUGGUUUUGUCACCUUUCUGAUAGGUAUGUUUGCUUACACAUCCGACUUGACGAAGGGAGGUAACUCACGCUCGCUUCGAAUAACCCUGGUGGAAACUGUGAUCGCUUUCAGUCUGGGUGUAACGGACGUGGCUUUGGGACAUGUGAUACACAGUUGGGGUUACACCAUACCCUUUGUAGUCGGCACAGCAUUACUGUUCCUAGACGCUGGCAUAAUACAGUUUAUCUUACCCGAAUCGCAUGUUGUGUCGACUUACACGACAUUGAGCGUCAAGCAGUACUUUUAUUCAACCUUCUAUUUUUAUUUUUCAAAGAAAGUGAACAGGUUUUUGUUCCAGAUCGGCGGUUGCAGUUUCUUUAUCCUGGCACUGAUUGGCUUGGGGAAGCCCUCUGUAGACAUACUGUUCAUGCUUAAUUCGCCGUUGUGUUGGGAUUCAGUGAAGAUUGGGUACUUCGGGGUGGCACAUCGAGUCUCCGCAGCCUUAGGUGGGCUUAUCCUGGUAACAGUGUUGCAAAGAUGGCUCCCUGACGCCAAGAUCGCAAUGCUUUCGACCAUAUCAUUUUUCCUUGGAGUCGUUGUUCAGGGCUUUGCAUGGAAUGACAUUCUCAUGUUUACCUCUGUAACCGUCGGAGCUUUCGCCAGCGCUGCCAUAUCCUUGGUUCGGGCGAUAUUAUCAAAGCUAACACCUCAAGGACAACACGGUGCAAUGUUCGGCAGUGUGGCUGUUAUCGAGGCAAUCACCAUGCUCACGAACGGCAUAGUUUUCAACGUCAUCUACCGGUCUACUUUGUCAUUAUUCCACGGUGCCGUUUACAUGUUCAUGGGAGGCUUGCUGUUGGUUGCAGUAGGAUUGUUCAUUGUUUUGGAGCGAGGAAAACGCAGAACGGCUGGAAAUGAAAAUGUUCAAGUUGUGAAUGAUGAACCGAAAGAGAUGAAGUCACAUUCAUGAGUAGUGGAUAAUGGCGUCAUAAAGGAGGAUUUCAGGAGAUAAUUAGCUUCUCUGUGAAGGGUCUAUCCCAAAUACAACUACUUGGUGAGAGAUUGAAUACAUCGCCUAGAGGUAAAAAUCCUUUAGUUCAUAAUAAGUUGCAAUGAGACACCCUGUUCUUCUGACGUGUUGAAUGUGGACGAUGGGAUGAAGAAGCCUGUAAGGACCUCGAUGUCUACCCGUCUCUUUGUAAAACUAUCGACAAAUGUGUCUGAAUUAAUGAUAGGGAGUAAGGGCUUCUAGUCGCCAGUGGAGCAAAAAAGCACACUUUAUAAUAGCAGAAAAAGAACCAUGACUUAAGAAGGAAAAAAACGUUUUUCUUUUAAUCACCAUUUGCAUAAAUAUAAUCGAAUCACCAAAGUUUAACCACUUGUGCGUUUGAUUAUGCAAUAAUGUUUCUUUGGAUUUUCGGAUACUUUUGAGAGCAUAACAUUAUAUCGAGUUUUGCUCUAUUCCAUUUUGCGGUAAACGGUUCACAGAUUAGAUUAUUCUCCAUACUUAGGUGAAUAUAGAACAACAACAAGUUUAUGAUCGAAUAUGUUUAUUUAUUUCAAGAGGUUGCCUGGAACGGUAUAAAACAAUGAGAAAAAUGUCGGUAUAUCAUACUUCGUAAAUGUUUCCAGACAUAAGUAUUACGUAUUGUUUAUCAAAGCUAUAACAGGUGAAAACGGAAUCGUCCUGAGGUGAAACACGUGGGUAUAUUGUUUCCUUUCGCCGAUGGGUGCAUCCUCUUGUGUAGUUGGUAUCUUAUGAUGUGUUACAAGCCCGAAUAUGUCAGUAAAUCUAGUGCUCCAGCCACAUGUCGCAAGUGGAAUAUCACAUGAGGUCUUACUCUUUGCGCCCAGUUGAGGGUGCCACCACAACUUGGACUGAAUCUGUCUUCACUUUUAACAAAUCUGAAACCAGCAUAAGAGCAGUAGACAAUGACAAAAGUGCCAAAAUGCUAUUCUGGAUGUGUCUUCUUGUAUUCUCAUGGUAAUUUCCGUGGAUUGCCAGCAUCACCAAAAUGGCCACCGGAAGUUGUAAAAACAUGACGAAUGGCAGCAAGAUAAGGAGAACUGUCAACAAUGGAUCUGUCGUUAACUGCCACUGCUGGAUGACGUCUAUCAACAUCACGGUGCUGUUAGACAAUAUCGAAAAAUCCAUCACCAUUGCUAGUGCAUUUUUCGA